AUGGCUGAAUCAAACAUCGACACUGCCUUUCAGGCGGCCCUCGACGCGGGCAAGAUCAAGGGCGCCGUCAUCUGUGCCACUGAUCGCGAGGGGCGUUUCGUGUAUAACAAGGUCAUGGGCGAGCGCACUCUGCUGUCGGGCGAAAAGCGCCCUCAGCAGCUCGACGACGUGCUCUUUCUCGCCUCGGCCACCAAGCUCAUGACUGCCGUCGCCGCAAUGGCAUGCGUCGACGACGGCCUGCUGUCCCUGACCGGAGACCUCUCCUCCGUGGUCCCCGAGCUUGCCGAGAAGCAGGUCCUCACAGGGUUCUCCGAGGACGGCGAGACGCCCAUCCUCGAGCCGCAGGAGCGACCCGUCACGCUCGAGAUGCUGCUCACGCACAGCGCCGGCACGACCUACCACUUCCUCGACCCCAAGAUCGCGCGCUUCCGGGACAAGUUCUGCCCGCCGCGCGGCCCGGACGCCCGGAUGCCGGUGGAACAGCUGUUCGACUACCCGCUCGCCUACCAGCCCGGGUCGGCGUGGAUGUACGGCCAGGGCUGCGACUGGGCGGGCCGCGCCGUCGAGCGGGCGACGGGCAAGACGCUCGGCGGGUUCCUGCGCUCGCGCGUCUUCUCGCGGCUCGGCGUCGCCGACGCGGCGUUCUACCCCGUCGCGCGCGAGGACCUGCGCGCGCGCAUGGUCGACCUGAACCCCGAGGACCCGGAGGCCGUCGGCCGGGCGGUCCUGGCGGGCAUGGGGGACACCAACGCCUGCACGCGGGGCGACUUUGGCGGCCACGGCCUGUUCAUGACGGCGCCCGACUACGUCACGGUGCUGCGGUCGCUGCUGGCCAACGACGGCAAGGUCCUGCGGCCGGAGACGGUCGACGCCAUGUUCGAGGACCAUCUCAGCCCGAGCGCCUCGGAGAGCUUCCGCGCCGUGCUCAAGGGCCCCGGGGGCGACUUUAUCUGCGUCGGUACUUCGCCUGAUAACAAGGCCGGGCAUGGUUUGAGCGGUCUGCUGACGCUGGAGGACGUUGAGGGGUGGUAUGGCACCCACACGCUGAGCUGGGGAGGAGGGUUGACUUUUGCCUGGUUUGUGGACCGGACGAACAACCUCUGCGGUGUUGGUGCUGUGAUGGCCUCGAUUCCGGUCGACGGAGAGCUCCCUGCUGAGCUCAAGCAGGUGUUCCGCCGUGAUAUCUAUCGGAAGCGGGCCGCGUGGGAGAAGGAUCAGGCAGCGUGA